CCAGCUCAGUCCGUAUCUCCGUCGGUCUGAGUCCUCAGCGCUGGCAAGGGAUAACAAACUGCUUUUCCGCAGCAAUACGUGGUCAACGGAACAGCCCACAGAGUGGACAUUCACAGAAGAUUUGGGUGUUUUGAAGGCAGGGUCUUCCCUGGUUGGUUGUGAAGAUCUAAGUAAACAAAGCUUGUUACUGUGGCAUAACUGGCCUUUGGAUCUGAAAAGUGGCAGCAGAGUCCUAUUGAAACAAGAAGCCUCCAGAACCAUCCAAAAUAUCCUAUAAAGAUGGAAUUCAAAUUAAAACCUUGAAUGCUGAUUUAUUAGAGUGAAAAGUGAAAGAGCGGUUCUUGGGAGGGUAGGUGGCUGGAGCUGUGCCAGUCACGACUGGAAGGAGGAGAGAGUGAGCGAUAGAUAAGACGAGGAAGGAAAGAGCAAGGCUCCUUACAUUGCACUCCUUCCACUCUGCUGAUGCAUAGAAAAUGAUCCAAAGACUGACAGAUUGAAAGCAUUGCUCAGCGAUUCAAAAGGAGAGGAGUCAAGAAAUUAAAGACUAUGAGUUACAGCUGUGGCAAGCGACACUAUAAACCUAUAACACGGACCACGUAAAAUGGGGACUAUGUUUGGCAUUAUGGUCCCUGAACAGCUGUGACUGCCCUCAAGACACUUUUCCCCCCCAGAACCUGUGUCUUUGUAAUCCUAUUGGCCAUCCAUCUCCUGUGAUCAUUUUUCUUAUUUUGAGCCCUAACUUCUUUCAUUUCCCACCUUGAUCAAAACAAAUCCUGUUUUUUUGCUCAGAAAUGGCCUGCAGAUUCAGCUUAUCUUGUGCUUUUCCACCCUGCGUUCUCAUCCUCUUUCUCCCUAUUUUUCUCCUCCUCCAUGCACCUUCUUUUGUCCGGGGUGACUGCUGGCUAAUUGAGGGGGAUAAAGGCUAUGUGUGGCUGGCAAUCUGCAGUCAGAACCAGCCUCCAUAUGAGACAAUCCCACAGCAUAUUAACAACACCGUCCAUGACUUACGGCUGAAUGAGAACAAGCUCAAAGCUAUUUUUUUCAGCUCCCUCAACCGCUUCACCAACCUUACUGACCUCAACCUUACCAAGAACGAAAUCUCCUACAUUGAGGAUGGUGCCUUCGCAGGACAGGCCAAUCUACAGGUCUUACAGUUGGGAUAUAACAAGCUAACCAACCUCACUGAGGGGAUGCUGCGAGGGUUGGGUCGAAUGCAGUGCCUGUAUCUGCAGCAUAACCUUAUUGAGGUAAUUGCAACCAAUGCCUUCUGGGAGUGCCCAAGCCUUAGCAGUCUUGAUCUUUCCUCUAAUAAAAUAACAAGGCUGGAUUCCUCCACCUUCACUGUUUUGGGUGGACGGCUAAUAGUGUGUGAACUGGCUGGAAAUCCUUUCCAUUGUGGCUGUGAGUUGAAUGGCUUCCUUAUCUGGCUAGAGGCAUUUGACAACGUCACUCACACCUAUGACAGGCUCCAGUGUGAGACUCCAAAAGAACUUUUUGGCUACCCUCUCCUGAGUCCUAGAGGUAAUCAUGGAAGAAAUGCCCGUUCUAUCCUGUCAUCCAUGUGUGAAGGUGGAGUGAUUGUUGGUGGCAUAACAGCCCUGCCUCCUGACUUAGACUCUUCUGGGAUGGGGAUAGAUAUUUAUGAUCAGAUGGGACCUUAUCACCAGCCCACAGCUUCAUCAACCACAGACCCAACAUACAGCCCCACCAUUAAGUUACAAACAGUCUCCCUCUCCUCUGCAUCCCUCUUGGUUCAAAUACCCAAACCCUACAGUAAGAUGUAUAUUCUAGUGCAGUAUAACCACACCUUUGUGUCAGAGGUCAUGAACUUAAGGAACAAGAAAGAGAUUAUCAGACUAAACAACCUAAAGCCCCACACAAAUUACACCUUUUGUGUUGCCUCCAUUCGCAAUUCCCAGCGGUACAAUCACACUUGUCUGUAUUUUGCAACUCGGGCUCUUGGAUCUGAUGACUUGCGAGCAACCCCUUCUACCACCACCCAUUACAUUAUGACCAUUCUAGGCUGCCUGUUUGGGAUGGUCAUUGUGUUGGGCUUGGUGUACUACUGCUUACGUAGGCGUCGAAUGCAGGAGGAAAAGGAAAAGUCUAUUAGUGUUAAGAAAACUAUCUUAGAGAUGCGCUAUGGGCCAGAAGCAGCUGCUGCAGCAGCCAAGGAUCCUACGGCCUUGCAGAAACUCCAUGACCAGUCUCAUCAUCAACACCACCAUGGCAAGUUGUCACAGUCAGCAUCCUCCAGCUUGGGCAUCCUUCAUAGUUCAGCCAACACCACCUCUUCUCGACUUUCUUCCCUUCCACAAGUGGAGAAGAUGGCUACAGCUUUCUCAGAAGCCAUGGCUGCCAAUAAGGGCAACUACAUGGAUGUAAGAAUGUCAGCAGGAGGAGAGGAGCGAGUAAGAGAUGGAGUUGUAACAAGGUGUGGGGAUGAAAUCACAAGGGAUGAAAAUGGGUUUAAUGGAGGAGAUGAAUCUGAUGACGAUGGCCGAGAUUCAACAUCAGAGAUCUCCACCAUUGCCAAGGAGGUGGACAAGGUAAAUCAGAUUAUCAAUAACUGCAUUGAUGCGCUCAAACUAGACUCUGUAGCUGUUGUGGCAGCAGCUGCGGCCACUGCAACUACAGCGGAUAACACUGCCUCUCCACCAACUCCUAGUGUCCCUUCCUUAGCCAGGGGGCUAAUUCCACUUUCCCCUACCAUCACAGAGUCAUGCCAGAUCAUGUCGUCCCCUAAAAUCCGUCCUCCACCCCCUGUUCCUCUUGUUUUGCCCCUUUCUGAACGGCCUGGCAUCAGCGGAGGUGGGUUUCUCUCUCCUCCCUACAGGGACCCACCCCCAGCUACAGCAUCACGGCCAUUGCAGAGACAACUCAGUGCAGAUGCUUCAGUUGUUCCUAUAAACUCUGUUAAAAAUCGCUGCAGCGUUUCUUCCGGUGGCUCUGUCAAAAGUGCUCGGGUCUUCAGUGUGGACGUCCCUGACCCUCGAAGCACAGAGCCAUGCAAGUAUCCUGAGAAAGGCAGCCCUGUUCGGUGCGGGGAACCACUGGAGAGGCUGCCCUUAAUAGGGGUUCAGGGAGUCAGUAAUGGCAGAGGAGAUGGUGGCAGCGGGGGUGGAGGGGGAGCCGGUGGUGGCAGUGGUGGUUCGGGUGGGUGUGGUGUUGUGGUUGGAGGUGGGGGCAGCACAGCUCAGCAGCACCACUUGGAGGUGCACCCAGACUACCACUGCUCAGAGCACCGACACUCCUUCCCCGCCCUCUACUAUGAGGGUGCCACUGACUCCCCUGCCCAGAAAGUCUCCUUUUUAAAGCCUCUCACUCGCACCAAGAAGGACACUGCCUAUUCACAGCUUUCUCCCCGCCACCAUAAUUACUCAGGGUAUUCCUCUAGCCCUGAGUACUCCUCUGAGAGCACGCUUAAAAUCUGGGAGCGCUUCCGACCAUACAAGAAAAGCCCCCGUGAGGAGGCCUACAUAGCCGCUGGCCAUGCUCUUCGAAAGAAAGUGCAGUUUGCAAAGGAUGAGGAUCUCCAUGACAUUCUGGACUACUGGAAGGGGGUGUCAGCACAGCAGAAACUGUGAUUCUUGUGAGAGACAUGACAGCAGGAGGAGAGGUUGUGAAGAAUAGAACCGAUGACUUUUGAGACUCCAUCAAGCAGGUGCUUUGGUCCCUAUAGGCCACCACAGAGACAAGUGUUCUGAAAGAGACAGAAUUAAGCAGGUGUUUGUUUGUUUGUUUGUUUGUUUGUUUUAUUUGACAAAAUUUAAAACAUAAUACAAAAAAUUCCACAAAGACUAAUUCAUACACAUUUCAAAAUUGUCAAGGAUAAAAUACACAAAAAAGCAUUUGGCUUAUUUCCAUUGUGGUCCUCUGUAUUUAAAGAAAAAAUGGACAGACAAAUCAUAAAUGGAAUGCUAUCCACAUCAAGUUCAGAAACUCACCACACAAACUUCAAAACAUCAAUGAUAAAACAACCAUUUUUUAACUUCCCUUCUAAAAUUACUAUCAACUUGUAUCUCUUGAAUACAUCAAGGUAAUUUAUUCCAAGCAACCGAGCUAGUAUAAAAAAAGUAAUAAUAAUUUUUUUCCCAUUUCACUCUUAAACCUACAAGGAUUUAUAUCAUUACUACUCACCCUUGUAGAAUGACAGUGAACCUCUCUUACAAAUACAUAAUAUUCCAACAGAUACUUUGGAACCAUUUUCUUUAAUAUCUUAAACACCAUCACCAAAUGUUUUUUUUUUUUAAAGUUACCCUUUUUUCGACUUAAAAAAACAAAACAAAUUACCUAUAAUUUUCAUCUCACAAAUGCAUCAGUGGAUGUACUUUCAAAAUAACCCUGCACAACUUAUUUUGAGCAGUCUGCAAUUUAUUUUUUAAUUUCUUUGAAAUACCGCUAUACCAAAAAACUGCAGCAUAAUCAAAGUUUGACUGCACUAAUGCACCAGCCAACAUUUUUAAUAUUUCAGUAUCUAAGAAAGCCGCCUGUCUUGCUAAAAAUUUUAUUUGAUUACAAAUUUUUGAAUGAGCUAAAGCAGCCAUCUUUUCUCCUAUCAAAUUACUGUCCAAACCACAACCGAAAUAUUUUACUUCUCGUUUAGGUGUAAUAAUUUGAUCUCCAAACUUUACCUCUAAUCUAAAGCAUUUUUUUCAAUUUAGCAGCUGAGCCAAAUAAUAAAUGUAAGUUUUCCCCAAAUGUAAAGAUCGUUUAUUAUGGCAAAACCAUUUGGAGACCUCUUCAGACUCUCUACUUAAUACACUUGUAAUAUUUUCCUUCCUCUCAUGAAACACAAUUAUUGCUGCAUCAUCUGCAUAUUAUAAAAAUUUAUUUGAACGGACUAUUUUUAAAUCAUUAAUAUAUAAUAUUAAAAGGUAAAGGACAUAAUACACUCCCUUGCAGUACCCCAUAUGAAAUGGUCAGACAAUCAGUACCAUCCCACUUAACUUCCCUUUAUCAAUUUCUUUCCUUAUAUAAUCCAUUAAAUAUAAAUUGUUGUCUCAGUGGAGUGUUUCCUCCUCAAACCAGAUUGAAACUCAUACAAUAUAUUAUGUUUUAGAAGAUAGUCUUCAGUCUGCUUAAAAAUAAUCUUUUCCAUCACUUUUGAUAAUGCACUCAAAAUUGACACCAGCCUAUAAUUAUUACACUCAAACCUACUAUCUUUCUUUAAAAGGGGAAUAACUCUUGCUUGCUUUAACUCAUCAGGAACCGUACCUUGACAAAUUGAAAGAUUUAUAAUAUGGGUAACCACUGGAGUAAAAAAGUUGUCUGAAUUCUUAAGAAACUUCACCGAAAUAUUAUCUAACCCUGUUGCUUUACUACUUUUAAAGGGAUACUCCACCCCAAAAUGAAAAUUUUGUCAUUAAUAACCUACCCACAUGCUGUU